CACACACAUACUCUGUGAUAGAUGGAAGGUAUUCUCUGUGAUGGGGUCUGACUGUGAAGCAUCAGAGGUCAGAAUCCAGAGAAACAUUGUCACGCGAAUAUGAUGCGGCCCUCGGUGUCCCAUCGCUGCGCCUAACGUCUGGGAUGGGCUUUCCCCAAACGUCAGGCCUUUAGUCAUCUUAGGCAUGGUGUGGUUUGUUUGGCUUGUGUUUGUGUCUGACGUGUGGAGCGUGUCAGCCGGGUCACUGAUAGGAGUGGCCCAUUUUCUAACUCUCUACUUUCGCUGGUCUGAUGAGCUGUUUUGGAGGAAUGCUGGUGCGGGGCCCACUGUGGUAUCUCGUCCCCACCCCAUGGACUAGGUGUGUCCAGGUGAGCUGAACUUUGGCUUGUUUACCACUGGAGCAGCAGAUCUGACCAUGAUUUGCCGUGGACGCACGGUCUGCCAGCCCUCCCUCAGCUGUCCUGGAACAUUUUACUGGCAAAUCAAGCCUAGGGUUUCACCAGGUGUGCGGAGAGAACUCUCUCUUGCUCUCUGAAACCUGUUGAACAUUCUGUACGUCUGCGAUCUCCUUCGGGGUUUUGACUCUGCUUGGUCUGAACCAAAACACCAAGACCUAGCUUUGAGACCCGAUCUUCCUGGACAUCUUUGCUUCGGCAUCGCUGCUCCUGCCUAGCAAUGUACGUACUCUGCACCAUGAUGGCGCUCUGCAUCCGUAGCCUCCUCCGUCGCUACCGCGCGGUUCCGUCUCCUGGUGACCGCCACGGCGUGGACGAGCCAGGCGGCAGCGGAGAGCUUCAGCUGGUCUGGAGAGUCGGCGUGCGCCACAAGCCGCCUUCACCGGUCAUGCUCGGCGCACGCAGGACCUGGGACUUUGACCACACCCCCUGCUUACAGGAGCUCUGGAAGAGAGACGUCUCAUUCGACGACAGCUCGCUGGAUCUCCUCAUGAGUGACGGCGAGGAGGACACCUCCUUCCUCCCACUGCAGACCUCUGCCUUCCCCCGUCGCUUACUGACCUCUGAACUCCCCAACCCCAGCAACCAACAGCUGCUCAUACAGACCUUGCAGGACAAGGUGUCUGAAAUCCAGGCACGCUUGUGCAGGGAGGACGUCGGCUGGGGCUGUCUGAGCCACGGACCUCAGUCCCAGGAUCUCUGGACCCCGAAGCAGGAGUGCAGAGCUUCGCAGUGUGAGGUUGCACCCUCUGGUGGGGGGGGCUCCUCUCAAGGACCGUCUGAACUGCAUCCAGCAGAGCAGGGGCUUGAGGAGGGAAGCGACACCCAGAACCUUUCACAUGUCAAGGACCCCGGCCAGCAGGCCUUGAUCAGCAGGCUGCAUGCACAGGUGGGACUGCUGGAGGAGAAGCUGCUGGAUCAGACCCAGGAGGUGGAGAGGCUGCGUGCUGGACUGGGGGCAACGGACCUGGAAAAGCAACUAGAAGUCCUAGUGUUGGAGAAUGAGCGUCUCAAACAAGAGCUACGAGAGUGCCAGGACUUGGAGGCUCUCCGCAGGCAGCUGGCCCAGCGUGAUGAGGAGGUCCGGGAACAGCAGCAGCAGCUUCGCGAGCUACAGCGGCAGCUGAACCAGGAGGCGGCGAGAGCGACGCAACUGGAGCAGGUACUCCAGGAGCGGGAGACAGAACCACAGCCGAGCCAGAGGCUGAGAGCCCCGUCCAGGCAGACAACGCUGCCCCCUCAGGCCAAGUAUUUGGCAGGUGUGGGUGAGAUGGAUUUUCCCCGGCACAAGCAGACCCUACACGAGGCCCAGAACCAGGUCUUGCAGGAGCAGCUCGUGGUCCAACAGGAUCUUUUUCUUGAGCUGCAGCAGCAGUUGCAUGAGUCUCAGCGAGUCAGCAGUCAGCUGCGUGCACAGGUCUUGACAUAUGAGGGGGAAAUAGAGCGGUGCCAGGGCCAGCUGGAGGUGGAGAUGCAGAUCCUGGAGGAGGAGAAGAACCGUGUCAUCGAGGAGGCCUUCGUCCGGGCCGAGAGCGAGAUGAAGGCAGUACAUCAGAACCUGGCAGGCGUACGAAUGAACCUUCUGACUUUGCAGCCUGCCCUGCGCACCCUCACCUGCGAUUACAACUGCCUGAAGAGGCAGGUGCAGGAUUUCCCCUUCAUGCUGGAGAAGGCCAUCGCUGAGGCCAAGCAGGAGAUCUGUCAUGUGAUCAGGGAAGUGAGCAGCACCAACCGGGAGCUUCUGCGCAAGUACAAGAGAGAGAUGAACCUGAGGAAGAGGUGCCAUGACGAGCUGGUCCGUCUUAGAGGAAAUAUCCGUGUCUUCUGCCGAGUCAGACCUGUAGGCCAGGAGGCCACAUCGAGUGGGUCGAGGAGCGUUGUGACCUUUGACCCUGAUGACGACGCUCUGCUCCACCUAGCAAGCAAAGGGAAGCUGAUGACUUUCGAGUUGGACAAGGUGUUUCCCCCACAGACGACGCAGGAGGAGGUUUUUCAGGAAGUCCAGUCCUUGAUCACGUCUUGCAUUGAUGGCUACAAUGUUUGCAUAUUUGCUUAUGGACAGACAGGUGCAGGCAAGACCUACACCAUGGAGGGGGUGGCAGACAACCCAGGCAUCAACCAAAGGGCACUGCAGCUGCUUUUCUCAGAGGUGUCAGAGAAGGCCCCCGACUGGGAGUUCCGCAUCACCGUCAGCAUGGUGGAGAUUUACAAUGAGACGCUCCGGAACCUUCUGGGCGAUAACCCCAGUGAGAAGCUGGAGAUUAAGAUGUGUCCGGAUGGCAGCGGGCAGCUGUAUGUGCCAGGACUCACAGAGAUUAGCGUGCAGAGUGUGGAGGACAUCAACAGGGUCUUCAGCCUGGGUUAUGUGAACCGAGCUACUGCCUGCACCAACCUGAACGAGCACAGCUCCCGCUCGCACGCCCUCCUCAUCGUCACCGUGGCCGGGGUCAACGCCACGACGGGUCACCGCACGUCAGGUAAACUGAACCUAGUGGACCUGGCAGGCUCGGAGCGCAUCUCGCGAUCGGGCGCUGAAGGCUCCCGCCUGCGGGAGGCGCAGUGCAUCAAUAAGUCCCUGGCCGCCCUGGGAGACGUCAUCCACGCCCUGCGCUCCCGCCAGCCCCACGUGCCGUUCCGGAACUCGCGGCUCACCUACUUGCUGCAGGACUCGCUGAACGGGGACAGCAAGACCCUCAUGAUGGUGCAGGUGUCCCCACUGGACAACAACAUGAGCGAGUCUGUGUGCUCCUUGAAGUUUGCCCAGCGCGUGCGAUCUGUGGAGCUGGGCCCUGUGAGUGCCACCCGCAGGCCGGCUGACUGCUCCCCCAACUCGGCCUCCCCCACCCACGACAGCGUGGAGCUGGACUCUCCGCCGGUGACUCCCGUACCACUGCCCAUCUCCCGCAUCAGCAGCUCGGGCUCCAUCUCUGCGCUGUCCGGCGCCCGCAGGAAGUCCCAGUCACACCUCUCCUCAGACUGACUUGUAGACAGAGGCAGCUGAUUGGUGACACAGUGGGCAGGACGGAUGAAGCUGGCUGCUUCAUAAGACCUCAAGGACCAUACAGAACCAGAGCUCUGGAGGACCAUGGCAGCACCUGAUUGGUUCCCAUCCAGCCAAUGGAAUAUCUUUUUGUCUCAAACUGCUGCAAAGAUUCACCAUUGAUUGCACCCUGGGUGAAAUAAGCUACCCACUCAGGGGCUGUUUUUUUUUGGCUAUUUGGGCACUGCACUGGCCAGUGUCCUCUCUCACUAAUUGCAGUGGAGGGUGCAAAACAGGGCACAGUACAAUUGCCCACAGGCCACCUGUCUGCCAUUUUGGUCCUGGAUCGUCUCACUUCUGCAGCCUGUGAUGUGAGACUUUCACAGACAGUAUUUAAAAUAAGAUGCACUUUAAUGAAAGAUUUUGAUUUUUAUGCAAUCUAGGUAUAACAGGACCUGGAGUCCUGCAGUGGUUUUAUUUCCAAUCCUGCGAUUUAAGUGCAAAGCGUAAUCCUGUACAGCAGAUGCUUGUAACUGCUAGUUAUCUUAACACCUGUAAAGAUUAAAAUCUACAAUGCAUGCACACCUCCAGCCUAGAUUUUGCCGUCUGCUUCUAAGCAAACCGAAGACUGGGAAACGCUUGUUUCGGUACAAUCCGUAUCAUCGUGUGACUCUGGGGGAGUAUGACGAACUGAAGUGGACAGUUUUAAUGGGGAUGACUCAUCUGCUCAGUCAAGUGUUACGAGAAACGAAUCUCCUCUGGCGUCUGUUGCUGAUACAUCUGCAGUUUUGAUGGGUACUUGCUCGCGCUUGGCUAUAUGUCGGAAAAAUGUUGAUUUCUUGUUUUUAUAUUUUUAAUAAAAUGAGAGUAUAUUCCUCCAAUUAUUUUUUUUUUCUUUUAAGCAUUGAUGGGGCUUGUGAAUUCAGUGAAUUCCAUGAAUGUGGACACUUUGUGAGAAGUAAAAUUUUAAACUUUA